AAAAAACCUUUGAUAAUCUCUCCCAAACUAGGGCACCUCUGCAUUACGGUCACACCCCAAUCAUCAUGAUCGACGCCACAGGCUCAAUUGGAUUCCGUUUUGGCGGUUUAUAGAUUUUUAUAUCCAUUUCCAUUUCCUUGAAUUCAUAAUCGAUUCCUGGUUCAACCCGCCUCUCAAAUCACUAAAAAGACCACGUAUAUUUACUAUUGACCUUGAGUCGGUGAGCUGGUUUUUAUGUCAAAAUCGCAAUCGUUCAUGUUCUAUUGAAGAAUACCCAUCUGGGUUUUCUCUAAUUUCAGAAAAUGGGCAAAAAGGGUGGUGUUGAAUUGAUUGAUAACCAUCAAAGGAUUGAUGGGUCAUUAACAAGAGAAGAAGGAAAGGGGAAGAAAUUGUGGAAGAAGGUGAAAUAUCAGCUGGUUGAAUACCACUCAUUGCCUGCGUAUAUGAAAGAUAAUGAAUUCAUAUUAGGUCAUUAUCGUGCUGAAUGGCCUUUGAAACAGAUCUUUAUGAGCAUCUUCACCCUUCACAAUGAGACCCUUAAUGUUUGGACACAUUUGAUUGGGUUCUUCCUCUUCCUAACCCUAACAAUUUAUAGCGCGAAGAUGAUCCCGAAUGUAGUUGAUCUACCCACCCUAAAAAACUUCCCGGAUGUGUUGAGGAAAGCCGAUCUGCAUCAACUUCGUGAAGACCUUUUAACUUGUAUUCCUUCGUUGCCAAAUAUGCCUGAUUUGCACAAACUCCGUUCAGAUAUAAAGACUACGUUUCCUGCAUCGUCGGAUCUUUUGCCAUUGUCGAAUUGGCAUAUCGUAGAACUCCUUACAAAUUGCUUGCCUGAGCGGUUCUCCCAUAGCAACCAUACCGAUGUUUGCGUGCUGCGUAGCAUGAAGGAGGAUGUGGCGAACAUAAUAGCACCAUUGAUGAUUCGACCCAUAACACGGUGGCCGUUCUUCGCGUUCUUGGGUGGAGCCAUGUUCUGCCUCCUAGCAAGCGCCGCCUGCCACCUCCUCUGCUGUCACUCCAAGCGGCUAUCCUACAUCAUGCUCCGCCUCGAUUAUGCCGGAAUUGCCGCCCUAAUCUCCACCUCCUUCUACCCUCCGGUCUACUACUCCUUCAUGUGCCACCCUUUCUUCUGCAAUCUUUAUUUAGGUUUCAUCACAGUCCUCGGAAUCGCCACCAUCUUGGUCUCACUAUUGCCGGUUUUCGAUCAACCCGAGUAUCGUAACAUCCGAACCGGAUUGUUCCUCGGGAUGGGGUUAUCGGGUGCGGGCCCCAUCUUUCACAAACUGAUCUUGUUUUGGCAUCAGCCGGAGGCGGUACAUACGACAGGAUAUGAAAUCUUGAUGGGUACGUUUUAUGGGAUCGGAAGCUUGAUUUAUGCAACACGGAUACCGGAACGAUGGAUGCCGGGGAAAUUUGAUAUCGCGGGUCACAGUCACAAUCUUUUUCAUGUGCUGGUGGUGGCCGGAGCUUAUACUCAUUAUCGGGCGGGAUUGGUAUACCUGAAAUGGCGGGAUAUCGAAGGGUGUUGAUCGGACAAGAUUUCGAAUAAAAUUUGCAGACAUUGAUGUAUGCCGUAAGGUGGUUCGGUGGUUUGUUGUAUAGUUUCGAAGGUCUGCACAGGAAUAAAAUGCAACUUUUAGGGUUUAAACAAUUUGAUGAUGUUGGAAAGACGAUGUGAUCUUGUUACAUACAUGAAAUUCCAUCACGUUUAUUAGACGUAAAAAAAAA